GGAACAACAGAAUUGAAGUAAUCUUUCAUUCGGUGUAUUACGAAGAUGCGAACAUCCUUAAUACUAUUCAUUUCACUUCUUCAGGACUCUUUCGCAUUGCCUAAUGGCCUUGUUGACAAUAUAAUGGGCGUGACGUCGACGGGUGCGAGCAUUCUGGCAUCAGAUCUCGAUCGAAUCCUCAAAGUGAACUCUAUCAUCAACCUCAAAUUGACAUCUUCCUCGCCAGUCACAGUUGGACGUAAAGCAAUUCCUGAUGCUGAUCAUCCCUUCAUGGCUCCUGGAUCUACAGACAUCAGAGGUGGCUGUCCGGGUCUUAACGUCAUGGCCAACUAUGGAUAUAUCUCGCGAACUGGGAUCACUGAUAUUCAUGAGUUGAUGUACGGAAUGCAAGAGAUGCUAGGUUUUGGUCCUGAUACCGCAGCACUCCUUGUGAUUCUUGGUGUAAAAGCUGCAGUCGAUCUUACCACGUUUAAGCUGUCAAUUGGUAGAACAGACCCAAGAACAAAUGGAGUAUUAUCCAGCGUCUUUGGCCAAAUUCCUGGAUUUUUCUCUCCAUUGGCUCAUAAUAAAUUCGAAGUUGAUGGAUCUCUCAGUAGAGUUGAUGAAUAUUUUGCGCAAGGCGAUACUGAUCAUUUCACUAGCGAACAUUGGAAGAAAUUUAGAACGCUUUCUAUUGAUCAUUUUGAUGGCCUCAUGACCUCGAGAUUCUGUGGAGCGGCUCGGUUCCAGGCUUACCAGGACUGCAGAAACAACAACCCUCACUGUCAAUGGGCUAUAGGAGAACAGCUUGCUCUCUAUGUCGCCCAAUCUUUUGUAUCAAAGACGAUGGCUUCCGCUGCUCCGGACGGAUCCUCUGGAGAUCCCGAUGUCAAAUCUAUCGAAUCUUUCUUUGGAAUUUUUGAAAAUGAUAAUGGUACAUAUUAUCGCGGUGAUAAUAAACUGCUUCCCGGUCCAGAUGGGUUUUGGUAUCGUCGCACGGUUCCUUUAUCGUUGGUCGAAGCUGCUUUAACUUUGACUGAUACUUACUUGGCCUUUCCUACGGAAUUUGGAAGAAACGGCGGUACUCUUGGAAAUUGGAAUCCAGAUUUGACUCAACUUCAAAAUGUAGAAGAAGCUGGAGUAAUUUGUUACUUGCUUCAACAAACUCGUGAUCCUAAUCACAAUGCAACAUACUCAAAUGAUUCAUCACUCACGGAAGCUUUGGGUAAACUUUUUGAGAGUGUCUUGAAACCUAUUUUUGAAGAGCUUUCUUGCUCAUAAGUAGUUGAUCUUCCAAAAUCAUACUUCAUCAUAUGUUAUCAUUUCUCAAAGUCUUACUUGUCAACUUUGUUUGCUUCUUUCCAUGGAUCAUCAUUGUAUCAGAGAGUGCAUUUUCAAAUAAUUUAUGAAUCACAAACUGUCUGAAUCACAAUGGUUGGCU